AUGGCGAGAUGCUCAGCUGGUACUGUUGAUUGUCCAGGCUCACCCAAAUCUGUAAGAAUCGUUGUGGUUGGUGACAAUGGGACUGGCAAAUCCAGCUUGAAAGUAGCUGCAGUCUCCGAUUCUUUCCCUCCCAAUGUACCUCAUGUUCUCCCUGAUACCAAGCUUCCUUUUGAAUUCUUCCCUGUCGGUGUUCCCACCGCCAUUGUUGACACUUCCUCCAAGCCGGAAGAUAUGGACAUGGUUGCCGAGGAAUUGAGGAAUGCAGAUGCGGUGGUUUUGACAUAUGACUGUGAUCGACCUGAGACUCUCCAAGGUUUGAGUACUUACUGGCUUCCAGAGCUUCGGCGAUUAGAGGUAAAGGUGCCUAUAAUAGUGGUAGGGUGUAAGCUUGACUUGAGAGACAACAACAACCCAGUCAGUCUCGAACAAGUGAUAGAUGGUGUUCUUAGCGAGGCUGAGUUAAAUGAUUUUCAGGUCAAGUGUUUCCAUGCACCAUUACAACCUUCUGGAACUGAAGGUGUUAAGAGGGUUGUGCAAGAAAAGUUGCCAGAAGGUGUGAAUGAAAGAGGACUGACAGUGACCGGCUUCUUAUUUCUACAUGCACUUUUUAUUGAGAAAUGGAGGCUCGAGACAACAUGGACUGUACUUCGGAAGUUUGGGUAUAAUAAUGAUAUAAGACUCGCUGAUGAAUUGCUUCCACCUUCAUUAUUCAAGCGAGCUCCUGAUCAGAGUAUCGAGUUGAUGGAUGUAGCAAUCGACUUCCUGAAAGGAAUGUAUGUGUUGUUUGAUGACGAUGGGGAUAAUAAUCUGAGACCACAAGAAAUCGAGGAUCUUUUUUCAACUGCACCUAAAAGUCCUUGGACGGAAGCUCCUUAUGUGGAUGCGGCAGAGAAAACUUCCCUUGGAGGACUAUCGUUUGACGCUUUCUUGUCACUGGAGAAGAUGCUUAGAUCGCAAAAAGCAACAAUGUCAUAUGCUGAUAACACGGGAUCAACCACUGAUGAGCACUAUGCAGUAAAUAUGGUCGAUGAAUCUGUGAGUGCAAAGAAAACGCUUGUGAUGAGGGAAAUUCCAGAAGAUGGGGCUCAAGGGCUAUUUUCAUCCAAGGAGUCGUUGGCUCCAUGUGACAUAGCUGUCUUCGUGUAUGACAGUUAUGAUGAGUCAUCAUGGAAAAGAGCGACUGAGUUGCUUGUAGAAGUCGCAACUCACGGUGAGGCCACUGGAUAUGAGGUCCCUUGCCUCAUGGUUUCAGCAAAAGACGAUCUUGAUUCAUUCCCGAUCUCCAUACAAGAAUCCACCAGGGUGACGCGGGAUAUGGGAAUAGAGCCUCCAGUAUCCAUCAGCUCCAAGUUGGGGGACUUCAACAACUUAUUCCGCAAAAUCUUAACAGUAGCGCAACAUCCUCAUCUGAGUAUUCCAAAAACCAAGGCAGGAAAAAGCCGCAAACAUUACAACAUGCUAAUCAACCGCUCUCUUAUGGCUGUUUCAAGGAUUUUUUUUCAUCCAUAUUCUUAA